UGCACUGUUCUACUGUCCACGGAAUCACUUACCACGGUUCACAGGAAGGAGACGCACAUUAACCCGUCAGUGAUUUUCUUUCCAGGACUGGACCCGCAAACACAUGCUAAGAAAUGGAAACUCUGAUGGAGGGAAAGUCAGAGCAUUUGUUCCUAGUUGCUGAAGAUCUUUUCUUAUCUCUGCUCUGCUCGUUUGGCGAUUGGUACAACAGUUCGGGUCGAGCAGAGCAUCACAGACAUUCCCUCAAAUCAUCGAACUCCUCCGAAAGCCCCGUGGAGAUUUUUGCACACGAGUGGCAUGCGUUUCUACCUACCUACCACACGAAGGUAAUCGAGGUGUGCCCCAUUUUGGCCCUCUUGGCGAUGCUGCUGACCACGCCGGUUCUUCUAAUACGUAUUCUGUCCCGGGUUAACCUGCGACAACAGACGCGCUACCUCCUCCUGGCGAAUGUUCUCCUCAGCGACCUGCUCUUUGUUUGCAUUAACAUUGUGAGUACAUGCAUCAACUCUGCUGGUGUGCUCAUGACGGAGUGGCCCUGUGCCGUGGUCCUCUUCCUGUCGGGUGUCCUGUACAGCUCAGGAGUGUUGAGUGUCACGGCAAUGGUGUUGGAUACCUGCUUUGCGGUCUUGGCUCCUCUUCGCUACCUGGUGUGGUGGCCUGUUUCCCGGACCUACGAAGCGAUAGCCGCCAUCUGGGCGGUCUCUGUCUUCUUCCCCGCAGCAUCUGUUGGCAUUUUCGUCUGGUACCAUAGUACAGGCCCUUGCGCUGUCCACAUAUGCUCCCUGCCUUUACUGAUGGUUUUGACCGUGAGUCACCUACGCCCGCUGUACGUCUCCAUGUUGCUGACGGUGGUUGGUAUCCUCGUCAUACUCCUCCUUGUGUUUUUUGGUUAUCUCCUCCUGUACUGUUGCACCCGGAGUUCAGCAUCUUCCCGCGCUAGAGGAACUUUCCUCAUCCAUUAUUUCCACUUGUUCCUUUCAUUUUGUCCCAUUUUGGUUUUAGUGAUCGAACUGAUGCUAUACAGCCAUCAGAGUGAGACUUUAAACCUCACAGCCAACCUGUGGGUGUCCCUGGUGGUGUGUAACGUCUUACUAAUCCUGCCCAAAGGCUUGGCCCCUUACCUGUACGGUCUCCGCUAUAGACAACUGCGCGAAGUGCUGCUUCGGUUUUUUAGACUGAAAAGGGAAAGAACCAUCACACCUGUGGUAUGAAGAUCACACCGUUUUGGGCGAAGAAGUGAUUUGUUCAGAUUCUGAACUGAGGCUGUGAAAAAGACUUGAAAGGGUUGCUGUGCUUUUUCCCAACAGUCAAAACAUUCUGUUAGCCAGCUCGACUGGAGUUUUGUGUACAGAAGAAAAGCAAAGCUAAUGAGAUUAAAAGGUUUAUGACACAGGUGAAAUUAAAAUAAGGGUG